AUGCAUGCCAUUCCUUUCUUGACUCAGGGACUCCCCGAUGCUGAGACAGAGAACCUGCAGGAAACGACUUGGUACUCAGGACCGAGAUGCUGCAACCUGGAGGGCAGAGCUGAGAUCCAGGGGAGUCGGAGAGAGCCCGGAGUCCUCAGGCUGGUCCACCGUCUGUGCACCAGGAAGAUGAAGACCUCCAUAGCUGCCCUCCCCUUCCUCAUUCUCGCUGCCCAGGCUGCACGUGAAGACCUGGUGUCAAACCUGAAGCUUGAACUCUCAAGGCCAAACCUGGAUCGACACUCAUUGUCUCACGGAGCAGGCUUUCACCGGCCCACGGACUGCUGCACGUCUUACACCCAACGAAACAUCCGAUGUGUAUUCAUGGAAGGUUAUAUAGACACGAGCAGCGCGUGCUCCCAGCCAGCUGUCAUCUUCGUCACCAAGAAGGGGCAGCAUGUCUGCGCUGAUCCUAACAAUGAGCGAGUUCAGAAAUGCAAGUCGGAGCUGAGGCUGGGGUCAGCCGUAGAGGACCUGAGAUCGCUAUUGCUUGAGCGGGGGCGCCUGGAGCGGGGCCCCUCUGCUCCGUCUCUCUUGCCCCACAGUCCUCAUUGGAGGGCCCUGGCCUGAAUUACUUUUUUAAAACGCAACAGUUACUGUUCUGUUCUGGUUACAAAAGCAACACAUUCAUCAAGAGUAUCCAAUUUGACUUCACUCAAACUUUUAGAGGGAAAAGAUUGUGUAAGAAUUGCUGAACUUUGGAUUCGUGGUGGGGGGGCGGGGGACGGGGUUUGGGGGGAGGGGGAGUCUAAACAAGACAUCAUAGUGUAAACUUUUUUAAGCCAAAAACAUGACCUUGAAAUACAGACUUAGUACGUGUAUUUAACCCAUUAAUCACUAAACUGAUUCAAAGGAGAUGGCAUUUAUAGGAGAUGGCAUUCUGAAAUGUUUGUUAGAGAAAAACAAAUUCUAGACGGCAAUAAAUCUGUAACUUUGGGGAUUA